AUCGGAUUUACAGUUCUUUGACAGUUUAAGAAUUUAUUUGGUAUUAACAGAUAUUUAAAACCGCUAUAUAUGUGCAGUAGCCUAAUCCGUGUUUUACUAACUGCAGCCUCCUUGUGCAAGUUCUGAGAAGUUAUUGUGGAAAUGGCAGAAAUGGUCCAAGAAAAGAGCACAGGACUAAAGUUCGCAGAGGAGCAGCUUCUGCGACACGGAUGGGAAAAAGGUAAAGGUCUGGGCAGGUCAGAGAAUGGCAUCUCAGAAGCUAUUAAAGUCAAAAUUAAAUGUGACAAAAGAGGGAUGGGCCAUAAGGAAGGCGAGCAGUUUACUUUCCACUGGUGGGACCAUGUUUUUAAUAAAGCCUCGUCCAAUCUGGUUGUGGAAACAGGUCAGAACGGUGUGGUGGUGAAGAAGUCAGAUGACGGCAAUGAUGGAUUGAUCUCCAACAAGAAGCCACGCAAGGCUCAGCAAGCCAGGUCCAUGCUUUAUGGAUUUUUUGUCAAGUCAGCUACGCUGCUGUCGGGUGAGGAGCAGUCAGAAAAGACCGCUGAAUCAGAUGACAGCAGCAGCAGCAGCAGUUCUGAAGAUGAGGACCAGAAACUGGACCUUUCCAGUACUACCAAGCUGUCAGAUACAGAUCUGCUGAAAGCUUGUGGAGGACGCACAGCACACAAAGGAGCCAGACAUAGACUCACUAUGAGCGCCAAACUGGCCCGGCUUGAGCAGCAGGAACAGGAGUUCAUGAUCAAGUAUGGUAAGAAGAACCACACUGCUGAAACAUCCACAAGCAACACCGAUUGUCUAAAUCCUGAUGGACGUCCAGAUAUUAAAGAGAAAACAAAACGCAAGAAAUCAAAAAGGCAGGAGGAACGAUCAGAAAAUAACAUCCAUGAGGAUAAGAUGACGACACGGGUGCUUUCGAGUUAUGAUACUGAGGACGGCAAACCCAAAAAAAGGAAAGAGUUUAAUGAUGCUUCUGUGAAUGAUGAUAUGAUCGCAGAUUCAGAGCCGAAGAAGAAAAAGAGAAACCGCAAAGAGAGAGAAGCACCUGAGGAUCGUGUUGAUGGAGACUGCAGCAUAGAUGUGAAUGAGGCAUUCACACACAAAUCAGAGGAGCAAGACACACACCUGCCGACAGAUGACAGCAUGCACAAGAAGAAAAAGAAAAAACGGUCCAAGGUGGCUGCUGAGAUGGCUGAUGCAGAUGAGAUCAGUGAGGAAUCCACAGACGCACACAGCAAACAACCACAGGAGGGCAGUACUGAGUAUCAACAAACAUCUGAUAAUACCUUCAAGAAGAAAAAGAGCUCUACCAUGGAGCACUGCGAAGAUGUGGAGAACUCAACUACAGCAAUGACGGUAACAGAAGAUGCUAGCAAUGAAGCACAGAUAAUGGACACACAAACAGAAGGACAGGAGAACGACAGGAAGAAAAACAAGAAAAUGAAACGAAGCAAAAAGGAAUAGCACUCAA